UUCUGAAUUUGUUGUCCUUCCGCGCCUUAAGAUGAUCACCGCCUGACAGCAAUGAAAAAAUCUCCACUGUUUGCUUUUGUUCACGUUUGCAUUAGAUAUUCUUCAUGUUGCUUUGUUCCUUCAAUUUGUGAGAGUUUGAGCUGGUGCAUACAAUUUGUGUCGUGUUAAUGAUCAGUGGAAGGACACUCGUAUUGGCACUUUAUCUCUCUCUGCUAUCUGCUAUCUGUCCUUCCUCGGCCUUGACAUAACAACACUGAAAUGAUAGAUGCAUCAAUCAGAAUCACUGCCAUUAAUUUUAUCAUCACUGGAAGAAACAUCACAAAAGAAACCAAAGAGAAAUUAGAAAACUAGACCAACCCCUCUUAUAUAAACACUUGUCCGACCCCAUCGAAGCAAAACCAUCCAAGACCAACCAAACUUCAUGUUCGAUCUAGUUGUCUUUUAUGACCAUCUUCCUCUUCAACUUCUCUCUCCAACCCCACUAAUGAUGAGAAAUCUUGUUUUUUUGUUUCUCAACGCGUUGCCUUCUUAAGACCCACCUGAGAUUUCUAUUUUUAUGUUGCCUUCCCAAAGCCUUGAGCAAAACAUUUCAGCCAGCCAUGCGCGCGCCUUAAUUUCUCUCUGGGUAAAACUCUACUUUUUUUUUUUUUUUUUUAAUUGUUUCCACUGAAAAACAAUACAUAUGGAAGCUUUUCACCCUUCUAUGACCUUACCCUUUUCCUACACUUUCGCUACUACAAUCACUGGAAGUGGAAGUAGUAGUACUAGUAACACUGCAAACACUAUCACCACUCCAUGGAUGGACAGAAGGAUAUGGAGUAAACUCCCACAGAGGCUGCUCGAUCGUGUGCUUGCUUUUCUUCCACCACCAGCCUUCUUCCGCGCACGUGCUGUAUGCAAGAGAUGGUAUGCUCUCUUGUUUUCUGACACCUUUCUUGAAAUAUAUCUCCAAAUAUCUCCUCGCCACAAUUGGUUCCUAUUCUUCAAGCACAAAACUCUCAAAAGCUACAUAUAUAGGAACAGUAGUGGCGGUGGAGAUCAUGGUGACAAUAUUAUUGCACCUUGUGAAGGAUAUCUCUUUGACCCUUAUGAUAUCACAUGGUACCGGCUUUCCUUUGCUUUGGUCCCCGCCGGUUUCUCUCCGGCUUCUUCCUCUGGUGGCUUGGUUUGCUGGGUUUCCGACGAGGCCGGUCCAAAAAGUAUAAUCCUAUGCAACCCGGUUCUUGGCUCUCUAACUCAACUGCCUCCCACUCUAAGACCUCGGCUCUUUCCUUCUAUUGGCUUGACUGUUAGCCCUUCGUCAAUAGACGUCAUUAUCGCCGGCGAUGACAUGAUUUCUCCUUACGCCGUCAAGAAUCUGACGGCGGAGAACUUUCAUAUUGAUGGGGGUGGGUUUUACUCAAUAUGGGGAACGACUUCUUCUCUCCCGAGGCUUUGUAGCCUUGAGUCAGGCAGAAUGGUUUACGUGGGAGAAAAAUUCUACUGCAUGAACUACAGCCCGUUUAGCGUUUUAGCUCAUGAUGUCACAACAAAUGCAUGGUGCAAGAUUCAAGCUCCCAUGCGCAGAUUUCUACGAUCGCCAAGCUUGGUUGAGAGCAAGGGAAAUCUUCUGUUAGUCGCGGCGGUCGAGAAAAGCAAGCUGAAUGUUCCGAAGAGCUUCAGGCUUUGGAGCUUGCAAGCUUGCGGAACUACGUGGGUGGAAGUUGAAAGAAUGCCGCAGCAACUGUAUCUUCAGUUUGAGGAGCUGGAAGGUGGAAAUGGGUUUGAUUGUGUCGGGCAUGGGGAGUUUGUUGUGAUUAUGAUUCGAGGGUCGUCCGACAAGGCUUUGCUGUUGGAUGUUUUUCGGAAAAUUUGGCAGUGGAUUCCUCCAUGUCCGUACUCUCAAGGUGGCAGCGGCGAUGGACGAGGUGGCGAGUUGCAUGGUUUUGCUUAUGAGCCUAGACUCGCUACGCCGGUCACCGGACUCCUGGACCAGCUGACCACCAUCCCGUUUCAGCCUUUCAGUGGUUAAUUAAUUAGUAGUAGCUAGGCAAAGCAAUGGUUGCUUGCAUGCACUGUUUGUUGUAGGUGUAGUAAAUGUAUGAGGGAGUUCAUUAAUCUGCUUUUUGGAUGUUUUAAGUGAAUUAAUCUACAUGUUUAGUCUACUGUUAUGUAUUAA